AUGGAUCAACACGACGACUUCGAUAGUGUUUCCUGGAAACAUGACGGCGACAGUGAUCUUUCGCGACCAACCACUUCGGGAACGGAUGCAGAGGAAUCACAUAGAUAUGACCAAGAUGUCAAUGGCAAGCGUAGAAUGAGCUCAGCUCAUGAGGAACCACAAGCUGGCCCACUAGCCGACGCAGUUGACUUGGCUGGCAUCGGAGACGGUGUACUCGAGUGUCAGGUCGACGCACCCUUGAAAGAGAAUGAUGGCACAAAGGAUGCCUAUAUCUCAUACCUGGUCACAACGCAUACCGAUUUCAAGUCAUUCCAAAAGCCCGAAUUUCAUGUUCGGCGACGAUUCACGGAUUUCUAUUUCCUGUACAAGACUCUAUACCGCGAAUACCCAGCAUGCGCCGUCCCACCGCUGCCGGAUAAGCAUAAGAUGGAGUACGUCCGAGGCGACCGGUUCGGCACGGAAUUCACAUCGCGACGAGCAUGGUCCUUACACCGGUUUCUCAAGCGCCUGUCACUGCACCCUGUACUCCGGCGCGCGCCCCUGCUUGCGAUUUUCUUAGAAUCGCCGGACUGGAAUGCACAUAUGCGACUACAUUCGACUCGCGGGUCAACAACUGCUUCGUCCGAGAAUGCCUCCACUAAGAUAUUCGAUAAUUUCACCGAUACAUUUGUCAACGCUUUCACCAAGGUACACAAACCUGAUCGUCGAUUUAUUGAGGUGAAGGAGAAGGCAGAUAAGCUGGAUGAAGAUCUAUCGCAUGUGGAGAAAACCGUGGUGCGGGUCGCCCGGCGUGAAUCGGACUUGGAGACGGAUUACACAGAUCUAGCGAAUCAGUUUCGCAAACUGGUCCCUCUGGAACCUGCAGUUGAAAUGCCAUUACAGGUCUUCGCAGCAUCAGUGGAGGAGACCGCUCGUGGAGUACGGGGGUUGAAAGAUCACACAGAUCAGAACUACUUGGGCUCUCUGCGUGAUAUGGAGGCAUACAUACUAUCAGUCAAGUCUCUUUUAAAGACUCGCGAGCAGAAACAACUCGACUUUGAGGCCUUGAUUGAUUAUCGCAACAAAGCCGUCGCUGAGCGAGACUCCUUGACUGCAAACCCUGCUGCUUACUAUGCAUCCAAUCCUCUUACCUCUUCACCUGCCUCCUUCAUCCGCUCAAAGAUGGAGGAUAUGCGAGGCGUUGAUCAUGAACAAUCCCGUCGUGAACGUGUUCGCAAGCUUGAGCUUCGUAUCGAUGAACUGACACGUGAAGUUGAAUCCGCCAAGACCACAUCUGAGAUGUUUGACGAAGAAGUUGUUCGCGAAGUGGCUGAUUUCGAGCGUAUCAAGGCUGUUGAAUUUCGCGAUUCUCUCGGUGCUCUUGCUGAGUCUCAUAUUGACUUCUACCAAGGUGUCAUGUCUACUUGGGAGCGCUUCAUUGUAGAGAUGGAAGGGGACUCAGACCUUGGGCAAGAAUCAGAGGCUGCUGCUCUGGGAGCACGGUAA